AUGGAGACUUGGCUUUGGAAAGGAUAUUGGUUACCUGCCUCCGAAUACUAUCUGCUUGUUCUGAUGGGAGUCGAUGGAAUCGCGGAAGAUCGCGAUGUUGACGAGGAAUCACCGUCGAGCACGAUCUCGCGACCGAGAGCUUUGCAGCCGAGAGAGUCUUGCGACCGUAGGCUUCGCAGCCGAGAGGAUCUUGCAGACCUGAGAGAUUGUUCCCUUGCGGGAAAAUUUGUGGCUCACCAGGGCUGGUGGGCGCGAGAGGAUGUUAGUGCUAACGUGAGAAGAGGAGUGCUCGACACUCCUUUCUGCGUUGUUUGGCUCUUUGAUCUCUUCCUUUAUGUCUGCGCACGCCUGGAGGGUUGUCGGUCUGCGUGCUUUGAUCAACCAAUCGGGGCCGACAGUUUCGUAGCGGCGUCGUCGUUGGUGGAAUCCCGAAAAUCGGGAUCAGCUCCACAGCCGGUACCUGAGGAGUCGUCUUUUCCUGGAGUUCCUGUAAUGGGAAGCGGAUCUCAAGAAGCGGCCGAUGAAGAAGAUGAUGAGAAGGCCGAGGAGGUAUUGGAGCUCGACGUCAAUGAGACAUCGAUCGAAGAUGAUGACGAAGACAAUGUCGAUGAGGCAGAUGGCGACGUCGUUCGCCUUCGUUUGCCUGGUCAUAUCGGCCAACUGGGCCGACGGACCAUAGGGUCCCAGUCGCUGGGAUGCGUCUGGAUAUGACCUUUUGAUCGUUUCUUCCGUAUAUAGGAAGAGACUUCCCGAGAGCUGGACCUUGACGAGUUAAAGCACGAAUCUUGCGAUCAAAAAGGAGCGGACCUUGUGGUCGGAAAAAGUGAACCUUGCGGUUGUCCUGGACGUCUAGAUAUACGUUUACACGCACUAUCUCGACGGUGGACGGGAGUGUCGGUGGAUGGUCGCGUGCUUCCUUAAAUAUUCCGCGUGAUCAUAUUCUGAAUGCGCGAAAGCUCAGCGAUAAGGUCAGGCGGCGCCUAGCGACGAGCGCGGCUACUAUCCGCGAAGCUAGGCCCACGCGCUACGU